UGAGCACGAUGACCUGAUCCAAAAUGGACGAGCCGACCAACAACAGCUUGGCUCUAACGGACUACCUCCUGGCCAGUAAUGGCCUGGACUAUGACAUUCCUCUGGACGAGAUCCCGGACACCACGCAAGGGCAGGCCUUCUUCGUGGCCACCAUUGUCAUUGCCGUGGUCCUGGUGGGCAUCAUGUUGGUCUGUGGAGUGGGGAACUGUCUGUUCAUCGCCAGCCUCGCCCGCUACAAGCAGCUCCGCAACCUGACCAACCUGCUGAUCGCCAACCUGGCCGUGUCGGACGUGCUGGUGGCGGCGGUGUGCUGUCCUUUCCUACUGGACUACUACGUGGUGAAGCAGCUGUCGUGGGAUCAUGGCCUGCUGCUCUGCGCCGCCACAAACUACCUACGCACCGUCUCUCUCUACGUGUCCACCAACGCACUGCUGGCCAUCGCUGUGGACAGAUGGUGCAAACCACCUCACGGAAGAGACCUAGACCCUCCAGGCGCCGCCUCUCAGCGGCCGAACCCACAGGAGCUGGCCGAGAAGCAGAAUAGGGGCAUCACUCAGGCGUCUGUGAAGACCGAGAUAUGGGGCGUGACCCUGCCCAGGGGAACCCCAACGGACAGAGAGAGGGGGUCCCGCCAGUAG